AUGAAUCGCUGGGAAGAGGAUAUGGCUAGAAUGUUACCUGCUGAUGAAUUUGGUGGCGGCAGCAGCAGGAGCAACAGCAUGGUUAGCCGACUGAGUAGACGUUUCAAAAGAUGUUGCCGUGCACUGGCCGGCAGCUCUAGGCAACUGCCGCCACUUCAUCUGGACACAGAUUAUGCCCAUAGUAGUUCAAUGGAUCAGUUAACCGGCAGUAGUUCCCGUCAAAAUCAACAUCAUCAUCAUCAUCAUCGACGAUCACGACGUCGUAGUAGCAGUCUAAGCGGCAGUGUAACCCGUUUAAAGUUGCGUCUACGUCGCUCAACCUCAUCGCCGGGCUAA